AUGCCUUCAAGAUCGCCAUCUCGAGGACGGCCGCGUACCCGGUCGCCAUUUUCCGAGGCUUCCAAUCCCAGACCCGAAUCACGAUCUCCUUCGCGACGCCGUUCCAUCUCGCCCCGUUCUGUCAGCCGCAGUCCUCGACGAAAUGGCAGGUACAGGACCGAGAGUCGUUCCCGCAGCCCAAGUCGUGGCAGAAGCCCAAGUCCUGUCAGAAGCACAAAGGUUGUGAUUGAGAAGCUCACGAAGAACGUCAACGAGGACCAUCUCCGCGAGAUCUUUGGCGUGUAUGGACAGAUUCGAGAUUUGGACAUGCCAAUCAACAGGAACUUCAACACCAAUCGUGGGACAGCAUACAUCCUGUACACUUCGGAAGCCGAUGCCGAGGCAGCGAUCGCCCACAUGCACGAAUCCCAAAUCGAUGGAGCUGUCAUCAACGUUUCGAUUGUUCUCCCCCGCCGCAAGUUCUCCCCAUCUCCACCUCUUGCAAGACGCGGCGCGAAUAUAGACCCUCGUGGCCCCCCAGCCGCCAGUUUCCGCCCUCCUCCAGCCCCCAGACGUCGAUCUCCCCUUCCGAGCUAUGGCAGACCCGAGAGAAACUUUGAUACAUACAGGCCAAGAUCCCUCUCUCGGUCUCGUUCCCCAAGGCGCCAUAGAACCCGCUCAAGGUCUAUUUCUUCGCGUUCUCGAUCCCCACCAAGAAGACGGGGAGGACGCAGAGAUAGCCCUGGUCGUAAUGGAGGAGGCAGAAGAAGGAGAAGUCCGAGUUAUAGCAGUUACAGCAGUUAUGAUGAUAGGAGCCGGAGCCGGAGCCGUGGACGGGGUGGCCGUGGCAGACGUUAG